AAGCAGUGGAAAAAAUAUUGAGUGAGGAUUGAAAAAAAAGAUCGAGACCUGGAGAUUGACUGCCAGUUUAAAAUCACUUUCUGCAAGUACCACCAAAUCCUUGUGGAAGUGACUAAGACCCUCUGGUUGAUAGCACUGUGACAAGGCCUCCCAACACACAGCAACUUUUCCAGUCACACAGAGGGCAUAUAGCCUCUCUGAGGUCCCGAACCUCGCUCACUUUAAGCUCUCAUGUAGGAGGCUGGGAGUCAGCAUAUAAGAUGUCUUAGCUUAGUACCACAGUGAUGUGAGAAGGUUCUCUUCAGCCACAGGAGCUCCUCGUCUGCCCCACCAUACAGGGUGCACCUACUUGUGGAACCUCUGUUAACUGGAAUGUCCCAAACAACUGCUGUGCCCAUUUUCCUCUUCAGCUCCUUGCUAGCGCUGAGUACUGCUGGCCUGGCUUGCUGAGAGUCUGCAGCCUAACUGUAGGGUGCUGUUUCUUCAGCCAUAAAGGGGUUGUGCAUAGAGGGCAGCAACUUCAGCACAUGCAUAUGAGGGCUGCCUGCCCUCCACCACCCACUGUGUGAAAUUCUUGUGGCAUGGGCUUUUGCUGCUUCCUGACCAACCUGGCUGAGGCUUGUCAUGGUCUUGGAUUUCACCAAGCCAUGAACGACUGGUGUCCCUCUCUCAGAUCCUGAGGCCAUUAAAUCCUCAUUACUGGUUGUGGGAUGGGAACUAAAAAAUGGGGCUCUAUUAAAAGUAGCCUCAGUGUCAUCUGAUCAUAAAUUCUCAAAUGGGCAGGUCAUGAUGGGUAGUCACUGCCUGGGCGUAUAAUUUUUUAGUAAAAGGUUUAUCUUUACCUUAAGGAAGCACUAUCCAUUGUUUCUGUGCAUCUAGGUUAAUACACCUUUGAAAUAACCACCCUCAAGAGCGCACAUAAUCUAACAAUCCCAUAAUCCCAUCCCCACCUUGCUCUCUCCCACCUUCAUGUAAUCUUCCUUACAUUCCCUCCUUAAUUUCAAAUGCAUAAAAGCUGCUGCAAAACUCUUACUCUCUACAGCAGUUGAGAUCUUGCUCCCCCACGUCCUCAGUUUGGCUCAAACUCGUAAAAAUUCUCUAAGUUUGGAUGUUUCUUAGGUAGACAGGGAGGCUGUCUACCAAAUUUAGCAUCAGUCAGGAUGAGGGGAAAGGACAAACUCCUGCGUCCGCCGUUUAGUCCAGGUAUCAACGGUGUUGAUACAGGAACACCGCAGACCAUGCGGGUCUGGCACUGAGGUCGGCUCCACCCACACCAGCUGCGCCAACGCCUUUUCCGGGUUACGCGGACGCCCUGGCGCCACUUCCCGCCCCGCCCCGCCCGGGCGGAAGCUGUGCGCUGAGCCGCUUACUUCUGCCGGGUGACUGGUGCUGGGGUUCACGGGUCAGCCGCUGCGCCACUCGGAGUCCUCGGGUGCAUGGAUCACACGUGUGAGGAGAGGUCGGCGGAGGAUGGGGACGACCAGGAGGACUCCGACUCCACGGAAGUCCCGGCCCGGAUCCGGGACACCCCUGAAGACAUCGUUUUGGAAGCGCCUGCAAGCGGGCUGGCGUUCCACCCGUCCCGCGACCUCCUGGCGGCGGGGGACGUGGACGGGGACGUGUUUGUCUUUUCCUACUCCUGUCAAGAGGGAGAAACCAAGGAGCUCUGGUCCUCAGGUCACCACCUCAAGUCCUGCCGUGCUGUGGUCUUCUCUGAAGAUGGGGAGAAACUUGUUACUGUCUCCAAGGACAAAGCCAUCCAUGUUCUAGAUGUGGAGCAGGGCCGACUGGAAAGACGCAUUUCCAAGGCUCAUGGUGCCCCUAUCAACAGUCUGCUGCUGGUGGAUAAGAAUGUUUUGGCCACUGGGGAUGACACAGGUGGCGUCCGGCUCUGGGACCAGCGGAAGGAUGGCCCCUUAAUGGAUAUGCGGCAGCAUGAGGAGUACAUUGCUGAUAUGGCUCUGGACCCAGCCAAGAAGCUGCUGCUGACAGCCAGUGGGGAUGGCUGCCUUGGUGUCUUCAAUAUUAAGCGACGCCGGUUUGAGUUGCUUUCAGAACCUCAGUCUGGAGACCUGACCUCUGUCACAAUCAUGAAAUGUGGGAGGAAGGUGGUCUGUGGCUCUAGUGAAGGUACCAUCUACCUCUUCAAUUGGAAUGGCUUUGGGGCCACAAGUGACCGCUUUGCCCUGAGAGCCGAGUCCAUUGACUGCAUGGUUCCAGUCACUGACAGUCUGCUGUGCACUGGGUCCACCGAUGGAGUCAUCAGGGCUGUGAACAUCCUGCCGAACCGAGUGGUGGGCAGCGUGGGCCAGCACGCCGGGGAGCCUGUGGAGGAGCUGGCCCUCUCCCACUGCGGCCGCUUCCUGGCCAGCAGUGGCCAUGACCAGUGCCUCAAAUUUUGGGACAUGGCCCAGUUGCGGGCUGUGGUAGUGGAUGACUACCGUCGGCGCAAAAAAAAGGGAGGGCCGCUUCGGGCGCUGAGUAGCAAGGCUUGGAGCACGGAUGACUUCUUUGCGGGACUGCGGGAAGAGGAAGAGGAAAGGGAGGAAGAGGAGAGUGAGGACGACAGUGACUGAGGGGAUGAGCUGAAUCUCAAGACAGGUCCUCACUGGGCAAGAGUCUCGCUUCCUGGACUGGAUCGCCAGAGGCUAUGAAUUUAUUAUACCCUCUUGUAUAGCAUAAGGUGAUGGGCAAACAGAGGGUCGGGACUGUGGGGAAGGAGAGCUACUCACUCUCCGCGUGUAAGACAAGCCCACAGAGGGGGCAAGAUAGCACGGACACAGGUGUACACCAACCAGGGGUUUAAUAUAAAUACAACUAGCAUAGAAAAACCAACAGUACACAUACACCAAAACCAAAAUGCCAAGUGGUGGGGACAAAAGGCAGAUUUCUGAUCCUUUGGCUCAGCCAUCCCCCAAAUAAAAACCAAGAAAGACAAAUCAA